AUGCAGCACUUUGUGAACGAUGACAAGCUCAACCUUUUCCGCCUUCCCGUCGGAUGGCAGUACCUCGUCAACCACGACCUCGGAGGUGCGCUCGACCAGACCUUCUUCAGCACCUACGACCGAAUCAUGCAAGCGUGUCUCGCGACCGGGGCGCACUGCAUCCUGGACGUGCACAACUACGCCCGCUGGAACGGCGGCAUCAUCGGCCAAGGCGGCCCAUCGAACGACGACUUCGGCAACCUCUGGGCCCAGCUCGCGCAGAAAUACGCCUCGCAGGGCAACGUCAUCUUCGGCCUGAUGAACGAGCCUCACGACCUGGACAUGACCACGUGGGCCGCCAGCGUCCAGCAGGCCGUCUAUGCCAUCCGAGACAACGGCGCCACGACCCAGAUGAUCCUCCUCUCCGGCACGAGCUACGACGCCGUCGGCGGCUUCCAGAGUAACUCUGCCCCGGCGCUCUCCAGCGUCCAAGACUACGAUGGGUCUCAUGACAAACUGAUCUAUGAAGCCCAUCAGUAUCUCGACGGUGGGGGCGGCACGGCGACCGAAUGCGACACCAACGGCGUGGAAUACACGCUCGCGCCCCUGACGGCCUACCUGCGCAGCGUGGGCCGCCAGGGCAUGCUCACCGAGACCGGCGGCGGCAACACGGCCAGCUGUUACACGGACGUCUGUGCCGAGCUGAGCCACUUGAACUACAAUUCCGAUGUCUGGCUGGGCUGGGUUGGCUGGGCCGCUGGAAGCUUCGAUAGCAGCUACAACCUUACCGAAACGCCGAACGGCAAUCAAGACACCUCUCUCGUUUCAUACUGCAUCGCAGGCAAGUUCGACAAACCGCCUUAA